ACACAUUGGGCUCCUGCUCACCAAUUCUCCAGGUGACUCACAGCCAUGAAGACACUUGUCCUCCUCUCUGCCCUCGUCCUGCUGGCCUUCCAGGUCCAGGCUGAUCCUAUCCAAAACACAGAUGAGGAGACUAAUACUGAGGAGCAGGCAGGGGAGGAGGACCAGGCUGUGUCUGUCUCCUUUGGAGACCCAGAAGGAUCUGCUCUUCAUGAAAAAUCGUCGAGAGAUCUGAUAUGCUAUUGUAGAAAAGGAGGCUGCAAUAGAGGAGAACAAGUUUAUGGGACCUGCUCAGGACGACUUUUGUUCUGCUGCCGCCGCCGCCACCGCCACUGAACAUGCAGAUGGCAGAGAUAUGACAACCAUCAGCUCUGAGGCUACUGAUGCUGGGGCCUGAUAACCACUUCUCAAUAAAUUGUUUGCAAUAUGC